UGUUUUGAACUGUCAUUUAAUUGACGUAUGAUUCACAGUAAUUGAGGUUGACAACUUAUGUUUUUUAUUUGUUGUAAAAUAUAAGAUAAAUAAUGUCAACAAAACCAGACCCUCCGCCACCAUAUCCGGGGCCAAACCCCAUUCAACCAGGUGUUCACCAACCGCAAUAUUAUCCAUAUCAACCAUCCGCCCCUUUAAAUCAAGGUUUCAUUCCGAGUUAUGGUACUAGUACCCAUACCACCGUUAUAGUUCCACCAGAAGUUAUUGUUGUCGGUGCCUGUCCAGCUUGUAGGAUUGGGAUUCUGGAAGACCAUUUUACUUGUUUUGGAUUGCUUUGCGCUAUUUUCUUUUUCCCAAUAGGAAUUUUGUGUUGUCUCGCUGAUAAAACAAAGAGGUGUUCAAAUUGUGGGGCUCAUUUCGAUUAAAUUUAAUCAAGCACUGUGUUUAUGGGUUAAAAAAUUUUAUUUUCAUUCAUUUAUAUUUGUAAUCAAAAUAUUGUUUUAAUUGGCUUUGAAUUUUAAUUUGUAUGUAUAUAUUUUAUAUAAGCGAUAUAGGUUUCAUUAGUUUUUAAAUUGACUAAUAAUCUCACAGCAAUUUAUUAUUUUAAAAAUUUAUAUAGACAUUUACAUUGUUUAUAAGAAAAUGUAAUUCCAUGUCAAAAAAGUUGUUGUAGGCCUAAAACAAAAAUUUUAUCUUUCUCAGAAAUGUAAUUGAUGUGAUAAUCAAAGAGAAAAGUAUAUUGGAAACAAUGAAAUAAAUUUUAUUACAAAAA